AUGACGUCGUAUCGUGAUCACCCCUAUGCGCAUGCGCAAAACCGACCACGACCCCUCAUCGAGCAGAUACCAGACUAUCGUGACGACCUUGACGUGUCAGACGAAGAAGACGGUUUCUACGCACGCGACGACGAUUUUCUGAUUCCGCCGAAGUUUCAGGCGGCAAUCACACGCACAACCGAUCGAAUCCCGCGGCGGAUAAAGCGCCAUAGUGGCACAUAUCUCGUAAUCGCUAUUCUCUUCAUAAUCAGUUGGUUUACAUACCUGGGUCCCAAGCGGACGGCACACAAGAUGGAGAUACACGCCAUGGACAACGUACCAACUAUGGUUUACGGCAGCAAUGUGCGACCGGAAUUCAAAGGCAUGAUACAGGUCAGCGACAUGGAUGAGCAGCACCUGCCUAAGAAGCAUAGCAGACUUGUCUUCGUUGGCGAUGUCCAUGGCUGCAGGAAGGAACUGGAGCAUCUUCUCAAGAAGAUCGACUUCAACCAUAAGCACGACCACCUCGUGCUGACUGGCGAUAUGAUAGCCAAAGGCCCCGAUUCGCCAGGCGUCAUCAAGCUCGCCCAGAAGAUCGGCGCUUCCUGCGUACGCGGUAACUGGGAAGACAAACUGUUGCUCUCCAUUGCCGAAGCGCAAGAUCGUCAUGUGCUCAAAUUCAGCCCUGACGACUCUCCCGAUGCGAAAGUGGAUUUCGUAGACCAGGUCAGCCAAUCGCACGGCGACUACAAGCUGCGUAAAUUAGCAAAACAGUUCACAAGGAGGGAAAUCGAAUAUCUCCAACAAUGUCCCGUCAUCCUCCGCGUCGGCACCGUCCCGACCCUAGGCAACCUCGUAACCGUACACGCCGGCCUCGUCCCCGACACGCCUCUCGAACAUCAAGACCCGUUUCAUGUUAUGAACAUGCGCACUAUCGAUCUUAAGACGAGGAUCCCGAGUAGCAAACAUGCGGGCACACCGUGGGAAAAGUUCUGGAAUCAUCGUCAGGAAAAAAUAAAGCAAGAGGGCAGAGCCACGGUGGUUUAUGGGCACAACAGGAAGAAGGGCCUCAAUAUACAUGAGUACUCUUAUGGUCUCGAUACGGGGUGCGUUAGUGGAGGGAAGCUGACGGCGCUUGUUGUCGACGGGGAGGGCAAGACGGAGUUGGUACAUGUCAAGUGUGAGAAAGCGAAUGGGUAUGCUAGCGACUAA